AUGGCACCUCGCAACAGGAAGCGUGCGACCAAGCCGAAGCCAGGCACGUUGAAGCGCAACGUCAGUUUUGGAGAAGAUCGAAAUGGCUCGACACGAAUCAGUAGACCUGGAACAUCGCCGACCACUCCUCCUGGCAGGAGAUAUCCACUCACGAGCCCGCCUUUGACCAGAUUUGGAACGACUACGCCGAAGAGAAGCAUAGAUAGUUCGCCGCAGCCUCCGCCGCCACCGAAGAAGUUCGGUCUCUUCAACGACCCUGACAAUCCUCUCCAGGGCACGGCCCAGGAUGCCUCCGAGUGGGUACGGUCAGACUACUAUUGGAAACCCCAUCGGGAAGAUCCCAUCAAUGAUCAGACACCAACCAAGAAGACGCAGCCCUCCGUUCCCAUUAUGCAAGGAUUGGGCUGGGAGUGGGAGACUCCCUUCGAGUAUGAAACACCAAAGAGGAACAAUAGUCGCUCUCCCAGAGUUCCACGAACACCGACUAAGCCCAAUCCUUAUGGAACUCCCGAGGCUUAUUACGGAAUGCCGGCACUGCCGUACUUCACCGGACCACCCCGUCCAGCGUUCGGUGACGGUUUAGAUAUUCUCGGAAAUGGAAUCGCGUCGCCAAGCCGCGAGUUGGACUCUGCCGAGUGGGUCAAGAUCAGACGCCUCCAGAACGGGCUGAUCGUGGUCGAGGGCGAAGGCGUUUGGCAAAAGCUCGUGGAUGGUGAGACGCCACAAGCAGGGGCUACGUCGUUCAACAAGAAGCGAGCCAACGAUACACAAUACAUCCCUGAUACUGUGUGGGAGAACCACCAAAUCACUGUGUUGUCCAAUGGCAAUGUCGUCCCCAAGAGUCCUGCAGGCUUCGAGAAGAUCGUGCACGACUCCGUUCGCGACGACAACGGAUUCAUCUUAUACGCUGGACUCAACGGGUCCGGAAACGACAAUAAGCGCAAGAGCCCUAACGACUGGAAAGCCAAAAUAUCCGCACAAGGAAAUCCGCUCUGGGAGAAUAAAGAAAUGGCCGUCUACCGCAACGGGACUCUGCGCUUCAAGUCUUACGGGUUCUUUGUGGAGAUCUUUGGUCUGAUUCCUCAACUUAUACAGUCUGGUCCACCAACGCCCUCCCCUACACAGAACAAGAAGUUCGUGUCGACCAGGCAGAGUCCUGUUACUCCUACGCCUGCCGUCAGAGUGUCCAAGGAGUCGAGCGCGAGCGCGAGAGCCAAUAAGAAUCGAAAGUCGCGGGAGAAGAAGGGGCUUGCGAAGCUCAAUGCUGGCCGACGAGAGAAAUUGCCUCAUGUUGCUAAGGCUGAUUUUGAGGUGAAGCGAGCAACUCGCAGCAAAGCAAAGGAGCAGGAUGAGAAGUUUUAUGCUCUGCCUUAG